CGCCACACCUCCAAUGGGCGCCGACGUGCCGUUAUACGCUCAUUUCGGUUAUCAUCAGAUGCAAUCACGCAAUCUCCACCGGUGCAUACACUUGCGAUCCUGCCACAACAAAAUCAACAAUCUCUCCCCCGCAGUCGCGCGCGCACACACGCAAAUCUCAACCCUUCCGCCUCUCUAUUUCUUGUCUCUAUCCCUCCCUCAGCUUCCCGCGCUCUCUCUCCAUCUCUGAACGCGUUGCCAAUUAGGAGAUUAGAGAGUUGAACGCGCGGCAAUCUUUUGUUGUUGCGCGGUUUCGGAAGUUGAGAUCGGGCGCGUGGCGGUGGAUGGAUCUGUUGAUCGAAGCGACUCUCUGAGUUCAGCGUUCGAAGUCACCAAUGGCCUGGAUCGGAGGCGACAAUGACGUCCCCAGCGCUUCGCAUUUCGCCUAUGCCGUGUGCUUCGCUUUUGGCUUCGUCGGCGCCAGGUUAUUGCUUGACAGAUUUGUCUUCCGUAGGUUAGCCACGUGGUUUCUGUCCAAUGGUUCCAUCCCAUUAAAGAUUAGAAAAGCUACAAAUACAAAAAUAGUGAAAUGCUCAGAGUCUAUGUGGAAGUUGACAUACUAUGCCACAGUUGAAUUAUGUGUUCUAACAAUUACCUACCAUGAGCCAUGGUUUGGGGAUGGGAAAGGAUACUUCAGAGGCUGGCCAAAUCAAGAAUUGAAGCUCCCCCUAAAGCUUUUCUAUAUGUGCCAGUGUGGGUUCUACAUAUAUAGCAUUGCUGCCCUUCUUACAUGGGAAACCCGAAGGAAAGAUUUUUCUGUGAUGAUGUCUCAUCAUGUGGUCACUGUAAUUUUGAUUGGGUAUUCAUAUAUUUCAGGUUUCUUCCGGAUUGGCUCAAUUAUCCUUGCACUGCACGACGGAAGUGAUGUAUUUAUGGAAGCUGCUAAAGUUUUCAAAUAUUCUGAGAAGGAGCUUGGAGCAAGUGUUUGUUUUGGAUUGUUUGCUAUUUCUUGGCUUCUACUAAGGCUGAUAUACUUUCCAUUCUGGGUUAUAAAGUCCUCAAGCAAUGACCUCUGUGAGUGUUUGAGGUUGCCAGAAGCAUAUGACAUGGUAUUGUACUAUGUCUUCAAUACAAUGUUAUUGACCUUACUUGUGUUCCACAUAUACUGGGGGAUUCUCAUAUAUUUGAUGAUCAUGAGGCAGCUGAAAAAUAGGGGGAAAGUUGGAGAAGAUAUUAGAUCUGAUUCAGAGGAUGAUGAUUAGUUGGAAUUGUAGUAAAAUCUUUUAGCUGAAAUAUACAUUGCCAUGAGAAUGUCUGUGUCUUGUUGACUCAAAAGUUGUUGCAUCUGCCAUGAGAUAUGCUUAAGCCAUGGGAAGACUAUUGUCAGUGUCAGACUGGUUUGCAAGCUUUGCUUGCCUCGGCAUUUUGUUGGUUCCAAAGAGAGUUUGGAAAUUCUGCAUUUGUACGUAAAUUAUUUUUGUUGGUUUAGAAAGGAAGUUAGGACCGCAUACUUUCCCCUUUCAGACCAAGUCUGGUGUAAAAAUAACUGGCAAUUCCGUUGUUGUAGCUUUUCCAUAUGACCCCAUACACCUUUGAUAAAAUAGCAAUCAGCAUUCAAUGAAAACAACGCUAACCAUUUUUAAUUA